CAGGGUGGGUUUUUCCACGUCGUUUGGGUAUUUAAGCAGCUGUCCGGUCAAAGACAUCUCACAUUUCUGGCUUUCAUCAGAAGAACCGAUCUUGAGAAGACGUUCAUCAGUCUGCAGUCAUCUAUCUGCUUUAAAGAUGUCCAGCCCAACAACUGUUCAAAACGUUGGUGGCACAGGAGGUUGUCCCUUUUCGUUUACUGGGACGAAUAAUGGUGCCGGUUUAGAGAAGAUCGGGGUGUGGGUGGGAGAAUGCCAGGUGAAGGCCGUCAAGGUCUGGCUUUCAGACGGCAGAAGUGAAACCUUUGGCAAUCCAGACGGGCCCUAUCAAGAGUACACCUUCAAGUCCGGCGAGUGCUUCGCCUCACUGUCCCUGUGGGAGAACAAAGCAGGAACGCAUCUCGGAGCCAUCAAAUUCAAGACCAAUCAGGACGGAGAAUUUUACGCGGAGAUGACAAACGGGGGUUUAAAAAAAGAACGUCCCAUCGACAUCGGCUCUGGGUUUUGCCUGGGAGUCGAAGGAAGAGCUGAUGCGUGUAUCGACCGCGCCGGGCUCGUGUUUCUCAACGCGGUUGAAUCGGUAGUCGUGACCGAUGUCAGCUACCCCACUCUCCACCAGCUGACCCCGCAGGUGGUGGUGGAAGAGAUCAAAACGGGCUCUUACGCAAACGAAACCUCUGCCAACCAACAGCAAACAAUCGAAACCUCGAAGAAAGUGACCAAAACAUCUUCGUGGUCCAUGAGCAGGAGUUUCACUGAAACGUUUAGCGUGGUAGUGAAGGCGGGGAUCCCGGAGGUUAAAGAGAUCUCUAGAGGAUACGGUUUCAGCGUUGGAGGAGAAAGCACUUACAGCCAUGAGCACGCCGACGAGAGAGCCGAAACACUGUCUACCGCUGUAGAUGUCCCGCCGAGAAGAAAGGUGGAUGUUGACAUCACCAUCGGCAGAGUCGCGUUCGACCUGCCUUACACCGGCACGGUGAAGAUCACUUGCAAGAACGGCGCUGUGUUAGAGUACCAAACCAAGGGCCAAUACAAAGGCGUCACUUACACUGACAUCAAAGUGAAUACUAAAGAAUCCGAUCUGUAAUGUUGAGGCAGAUUGUUCUUGGCUGGGCUUUAUCGGCAGUGUAUCUACAUUUGAUCUCGUUGUGGCUUCCACUGGUGCCUUCGAACGUGCUCAAUGGUUUUAAACCGGAAAGAUACAUACUCAGCUUGUCCUUUCCAAACUGAUCACUUGUGAUUCUGCUACAAAGCAUUCAUAUAGCUUCAUUAAUUUAGUAAUCAUCGCUGCUAACAAAUUAUGUGAAUUACUUCAUCACGUACGAAUUGCUGAUGUUUAAUCAAAUAUGUAAUAAAAGCAUUGCAUUUUA